AUGGCUUUAAACUUCACCCUGUCGGAGCGCAACUUUGGCGCGCUGGCGCAGAGGCUUUUCGGGAAUAACUCGCUGUUUCCCACCGGGAACGACACGGACAAACCGGAGGUGGACUUGGAGACGGGGGAGGAGGACCUGGAAGUCAACACGGACAUCUACUCCAAGGUGGCGGUCACCGUGAUCUACGCGGCCCUUUUCGCCGUGGGUUCGCUCGGUAAUUCCGUCACCCUCUACACGCUGCUGACCAAAAAGAGCCUGCAGAACCUACAGAGCACCGUCCACUACCACCUGGCCAGCCUGGCCGUGUCGGACCUCCUCAUCCUGCUCUUCUCCAUGCCCGUGGAGCUGUACAACUUCAUCUGGUUCCACCACCCGUGGGUGUUCGGGGACGCGGCGUGCCGCGGGUACUACUUUCUCCGGGACAGCUGCUCCUACGCCACGGCCCUGAACAUCGGCAGCCUGAGCGCGGAGCGCUACAUGGCCAUCUGCCACCCCUUCAAGGCCAAGAGCAUCAUGUCGCGGAGCCGCACCAAGAAGCUCAUCAGCGCCAUGUGGCUGGCGUCCUUCGCCCUGGCCACGCCGAUGCUCUUCAGCAUGGGCCAGGUCACGCGCAACGGCGAGAGGAUCUGCACCGCCAUCGUGUCCCCCGUCAGCAUGAAGACCGUGCUACAGGUGGGUUUAAAGCGUCGUUUGCGCGGCGAUAAUUGCGCAAAAAUGAGGUUAAAGUAG